CAAGGAGGAGAAAAGAUGAAAGAAACAAAACUCAAAGACCUUGACUUGAUAUUGGGAUGCAUACUUUUCAAUCAUUCAGCUCAGUGGACAAAGCAUCACUAUUUAGACUGCUAUGGAAUGUCAUCUUUCUGUUAUGGCUGGAAUAUUGAUUUGUUUACAUGCAAGCUGCAGAACACAACAGGGAAAUGGAUUAUGGGACCAAAUUAGCUGUCUAAAAAGGAGUUCUAUCUGCAACUUUGCAAGGAGAUAAUGUACUUGUUGCUGCUAAGGGAAAAGAUCAUCAGACCAUUUUGUUAGCGGUAGACUCCAUCGAGACUAGAAGAUAGGUUACUUUCCUAAAUGAAGUUUAUCCGAAGAACAAAGAUAACAAAAGCACAUGGCAUUAUUAUAUGCUUUGCAAAUGGCAUGCUAUCUUCCAUCUUCUUAUCAUAUGCACUCUUCUUGUGCUUUUCUCACCCCUUCUGCUCUGCUAGAGAUACAAUAACCAAAGAUAAUCCAAUUAAAGAUGAUGGAUCACAAGGUCUUGUUUCAGCUGGAGGAAAAUUUGAACUGGGCUUCUUUCCCCUACAUGGAAGAGGAAGCUCAGGCAGUUACAGAAGAUAUGUUGGCAUAUGGUAUCACAACGUGACUCCAAGGACAGUUAUAUGGGUUGCCAACAGAGACAAGCCACUGCUUGCCAAUCACACUGGAGUUAUUGCAAUCAGUCAGGGUACCCUCCAAGUGUUGGAUAUAACUUCUAGAAAGUCUUUAUGGUUGGCAGAGAUCGAAGUAAUACAGUCUUUCAAUCGGACAGUGAAACUCAAGGAUGAUGGGAACUUGGUGUUAAGUAAUGCUUUGGCAGCAGUUCUGUGGCAAAGCUUUGAAAAUCCUACUGAUACAUUCAUUCCUGGGAUGAUAAUGGUUAAAAACUUAAUUCUAACUUCAUGGAACGACGAAGAUGACCCAAGAACUGGGAACUUUACCUUUGAAGUAGAUGAAGACAACCAGUAUAUCAUCAAAAAAUCAGAUGCAGAUUACUGGAAAAGUAGAGCACCAAAUGGUAAUUCUUUCAGCUCAGGUGAAAUGCCUGCUGCAGUUGCUUGGUUACUAUCAAAUUUCAGCAAGAGUUCACUCUCUUACAAUGAGACAGAAGUCCUGCCACGAUCAGGGUACAAUUAUACAAGAUUGGUAAUAGAUUUUACUGGAAAGCUGAACUUGCUUGUGUACACACACAACUGGAGCUCGACAUGGAGGGAGCCAAGUGAUUAUUGCAGUGUGUUUAACCGUUGUGGGGACUUCGGUAUCUGCAAUAGUACUAAUAAGCCAAUCUGUCGAUGUUUGCAAGGUUUCAAGCCCCAGCUUCCAGAGGACUGGAACUCUGGAGAUUUUUCAGGUGGAUGCUUAAGAGAGUCCAAUUUAUGUGCUAACAGGAAUGAUACGUUCUUCAGUUUGAAGGUCAAGAAAGCACCAAAUCCAGACCCACAGACCUAUGUUGUCAAUGAAACAGAAUGCAGGAACAUAUGCUUGAAAAAGUGUGAAUGCCUGGCUUACGCAUACACUACCAUCUGUUUUAUAUGGGGGGUCCUAAGUAAUCUUGAAGAGUCUUCUUCUGGCCACAACCUCUAUGCUCGCAUUGCCAGGUCUGAUUUAGAAGGAAAUCAUCAAGAGCCAACUAAACCGUCAUUGGAAGAUCAUUCAAGAAGAAAAAUUCCAUUGUUUCUGAUAGUUGUUGCAGUGCUUGUAAGCGUUUUUUUGGCAUGCAUCAUUUCUAUUUUUAUAUGGAGAAGAAACAUGAUCAAGGGACGAGAUCAAAUAAGUAGGGCACAGCUUGAUAGUGCAAGACAAGUAAAAAAUUUGAUAGACACAAGUGAGUUCAAGGAAGAAGAUGGGAAAGGUAUAGAUAUACCUUUUCUUGAUUUGCAAAGCAUACUAGACGCUACAGAUAACUUCUCAGAUGCUAAUAAACUUGGACAAGGGGGGUAUGGACCUGUUUACAAGGGGGAGUUUCCUGGAGGUCAAGAAAUUGCAGUUAAGAGGCUAUCAAGGGUUUCAGUACAAGGCUUACAGGAAUUUAAGAAUGAGGUGGUGCUGAUUGCCAAACUUCAACACCGAAAUCUUGUUAGACUUAAAGGAUAUUGCAUGAAAGGAGAAGAAAAGAUUUUACUCUAUGAGUAUAUGUCUAACAAAAGCUUAGACUUCUUUAUAUUUGAUCAUACUCAAAGUGUGUUUCUCAAUUGGGAUAUGCGCUUUAACAUCAUUUUGGGAAUUGCUCGAGGACUUCUUUAUCUUCAUCAAGAUUCCAGAUUGAGGAUCAUUCAUAGAGAUUUGAAGACCAGCAACAUUCUCUUGGACGAGGAGAUGAACCCCAAAAUAUCAGACUUUGGCUUGGCGAGGAUUGUUGGAGGCAAAGAAACUGAGGGAAACACAAACACUGUGGUUGGAACUUAUGGGUACAUGUCUCCAGAGUAUGCAUUAGAUGGAACGUUCUCGGUCAAGUCAGAUGUCUUUAGCUUUGGUGUUGUUCUUCUAGAGAUAAUCAGUGGAAAAAAGAACACAGGAUUCUAUCAGUCCAAACAAAAUUUCAGUCUCCUUGGUUAUGCAUGGAGACUCUGGACAGAAAAUAAGGCGUUGGAUUUGAUAGACAUGAAUUUGCAUGAAAGCUGCAACAAAAAUCAGUUCCUUGCAUGUGUGAAUGUUGGGCUCUUAUGCGUGCAAGAAGACCCUAAUGACCGGCCUGCCAUGUCAACUGUUGUUACCUUGCUUGAUAGUGGAACUGCAAUCCCUCCAACUCCUAAGCAACCCGCCUUUGUCAUAAAGAGAGGCAACUCCAGCACAGCUUCUACUUCCAGUAAGCAAGAAGCUUACCCUGAAAUUACUAAUACUCUAGAAGAAGGUAGAAAGAAGAAGAAGAAUGAUGAUUUGUAUCUUGAGACCUUGGAGGCGGACAAGGCAAUCUCGACGGCAUCGGAGUCUUGUUGUGUGUAUGGCCCCAGAAGAAGAGGAGAAACUCACUCUCAUCUCGCUGCUGCAGCACUCUCGAUUUUGCGACAAGAUACACCAACACAUGACAAUCCAGUUAUCGAUGAUGGAUCAGAUGCUCUUGUUUCAGCAGGAGGAGAGUUUGAACUGGGUUUCUUCCCUACUACUACAUGGAAAACAUAUGUGGGAAUAUGGUAUCAUAAGGUCACUCCAAGAAAAGUUGUAUGGGUUGCCAACAGAGACGACCCUCUACCUGCCAAUUCCAUUGGAGUUCUUGCAAUCCAAGAAGGUAAUCUCCGCUUGUUGGACAAUGUUACUCGAAAGUCUCAUUGGUCCACAGACAUUGGAACAUCUUCGUCUUCUAACAUGAUUGUGAAGAUAAUGGAGUCUGGAAACCUGGUGUUAAGGGAUACUGGUGAGUUGACAGUGGAUCCUUUGUGGCAGAGCUUUCAAAAUCCAACUGAUACAUUCAUUCCUGGGAUGCUAAUGGAUAGUAACUUGGGGUUGACUUCAUGGAGCGACGAAGAUGACCCAAGAACUGGGAACUUCACCUUCAAACUAGAUCAACAAAGUCUGUUUAUUAUCUUAAAAAAUUCAAUGCCUUACUGGAAAACGGGAGGACCAGGUGAGGUUUUCAGGUCAGUUGAAAUGCCUUGGGUAGUAACUUACUUAUUAUCAAAUUUCAGCAACAGCACUGUUACAAGUAUAGGGAUUGGUAAGUUCAACAAGAGCACUGUUACUAGUCCUCCCCGAUUUGAUUGCACUCAUGCAAGAUUGGUGAUAUCCCCUAGUGGAGAGCUGAAGAUUUCAACUUGGAUUGAAGACUUGCAGUGGGUUCCGGUUUGGUCAGAGCCAAAAGAUCAAUGCAGUGUGGAUAAUGCUUGUGGGAACUUUGGCAGCUGUAAUACUAAUAACAACCCGGUGGUGUGCAAAUGUUUGCCAGGUUUUAAGCCCCAGUCUCUAGAUAAAUGGACUUCUGGAGACUUCUCAGAUGGAUACACAAAAGACUUGUCAAUAUGUGGGCAUGAUGACACCUUUUUGAGUUUGAAGAUGAUGAAAGUGGGUAACCCAGACACAGAGAUUGUUGUUUACGAUGAAAUAGAAUGCAAGAACAAGUGCCUCAACAGCUGCCAGUGCCGGGCAUACUCAUAUGCUGCACCUGAAAGCAUAGCUCAAAGGGAUCUUCGUAAAACUUCCUUGUGCAGGGUAUGGCUUAAGGACUUAAAUAGUCUUGUAGAAGAGGAUGACAAUAGUCAUGACAUUGGUGCUCGAGUUGCCUUCUCUGAUAUAGAAUCAACUAUAAGAGACUGCAGCCCUUGUGGCACAACUACAAUUCCUUAUCCUCUGAGCACUAGAUCAGAUUGUGGCGACGCCAUGUACUUAAGUUUCGCGUGCAAUGCCUCCAUUAAUGAAUUUAGCUUCCUGGGACCAGAUGGCACCUCCUUUAGAGAUAUAAAUAUCAGCCGAAGUACACAACGAUUCAUUAUCAAAUCCAAAAAUAUGAAUUAUUGUGAUUCUAGAAACCGAGUGCUGAACAUUUCCUUCCUGUUUAAGGUAAUCAGUUGGUGUAGCUCUGACCUGAUGAGGAAUUUUAUUUCCAGCAUAAAUUCAUCCAGCGGUCCUUCUGUAAUAGAGAUGGGUUGGGAGCCACCAUCGGAAGCAAGCUGCACUACCUUAGAAGACUACAGGGAUUGGCCUAUUCAACCUGCAAUCCAAAUUUCUCUGAAGCCUUUUAUUAUAUCAGCCUUAUUAUCACUGGAUUAUGCUGAUUCAGAAUUGGAAUUUUUCUGGCAUGCAUCAUUGGUUUUUGUAUAUGGAGAAGAAAGAUUACUAAGAGACGAGGGGAUCUUUCCUGGAGGUCAAAAAAUUGCUGUAAAGAGGCUAUCAAGAGCUUCAGGACAAGGCUUACAGGAGUUUAAGAAUGAGGUGGUGCUAAUUGCCAAAAUUCAACAUCGUAAUCUUGUAAGACUCAGAGGAUAUUGCAUGAAAGGAGAAGAAAAGAUUUUACUCUACGACUACAUGCCUAACAAAAGCUUAGAUUCCUUUAUAUUUGAUCAUACACAAAGCAUGUUUCGCAAUUGGGAGAUGCGGUUUAACAUCAUUUUGGGAAUUGCUUGAGGACUUAUUUAUCUUCAUCAAGAUUCCAGGUUGAGGAUCAUUCAUAGAGAUUUGAAAACCAGCAACGUUCUUUUCGAUGAGGAGAUGAACCCCAAGAUGUCUGACUUCGGCUUGGCCAGGAUUGUUGGAGGCAAAGAAACCGAGGCAAACACAAAUACAGUAGUAGGAACCUAUGGUUACAUGUCGCCGGAAUAUGCAUUAGAUGGAAAAAUCUCUGUCAAAUCAGAUGUCCUUAGUUUCGGUGUGGUUCUUCUAGAGAUAAUCAGCGGAAAAAAGAAUGCAGGAUUUUAUCAGUCAAAACAAACUUUCAGUCUCCUUAGUUAUACAUGGGGACUCUGGACAGAAAACAAGGUGUUGGAUUUAAUGGACAACAAUUUGGAAGAAAGUUGCAACAGAAGUGAAUUUAUAAAGUGUGUAAAUGUUGGGCUUUAGGAGAACAAGGAACCUUCCUGGAUCCCUAAUUAGACUUAAGGACUCGAUCUGUAACUCUCAAUUUGAUUCAAAUAGACAAAUAGAACAUUAUUUACUUCUCAUAAACUAUUACAUAACAGCACAAACACUGACUCAAGAAGCUGUGCUAGAGUUCAUAGCAGUUAUCUACCUUCCAGAGUAGUUAUUUCAGAGUAUGUUUCUGGUUUAGUAGAAGAGGAAGCUGUGCUAGAGUUGCCUCUCCGUGUGAAAAAUGCUGGUUGUUUAGGAGUUGGUGGGAUUGCAGUUUCACUGUCAAGCAAGCUAACAACAUUUGACAUUGUAGGGCGAUCAACCGGAUCUUCUUGUACGCAUAAGAACCCAGUAUUGGAUACACCUAACAACAUUUGACAUUGUAGGUCUCAACCGGAUUUUGUUCUGCUAGAGAUACACUAACACACGACGAUCCAAUUACCGAUGAUGGAUCAAAAGCUCUUGUUUCAGCAGGAGAAUUUAAACUGGGUUUCUUCCCUACUACUACAGGGAAAUGAUAUGUGAGCAUAUGGCAUCAUAAGGUCACUCCAAGAACAGUUGUAUGGGUUGCCCACAGAGAUGAACCUCCACCUGCCAAUUCCAUUGGAGUUCUUGCAAUUGAAGAAGGUAAUCUCCGUGCGUUGGACAGUGUUACUCGAAAGCCUUAUUGGUCAACAGACAUUGGAAAAUCUUCACCUUUUAACAAGAUAGUGAAGAUAA